UGUGAAUGCUGAGACCGAUAUCGUCCGAUCUUCUAUAACUGUCAUAGCCCACAUCAUUUCCCAAGAGUGCAGCCGUUCACGUAAUGUUACAUUACAACUCUCAGUGAACCACGAAAGACCGCAGCAAUGGCGCCAAAUAAUUUAAACCAGCCGGACACCGAAAGCUCCGACAAGACGAACUCAAGCACUAUAUACAAUAGGCAGGUUUCUGUGUUCCGACUGGCGCUGGAGGGGGAAAUUGAAGGAUUCCGCAUCUUCGAACGGGAAUGUCUCUACUCGUCUGGCCGAGUUGCGGUUGUUGAGAUGGGAUAUUCAGUUUGCAACAAAGCAGCCCAGUUUGAUGUCUGGCUCACCUCUCAAGAGCAGGAGUGGCUUAUAAGUUACUGCAAACAAGAGCAUUGUUCUUUUCGUGUGGUGAAAAACCAACUCGAACGAGGCAAUCCUCUUUUCGAUGCUUAUGGCUUGGAGUUCGCCAAACACAUUGUGAAGAAGUCCUACCUCAACUACCUGCAAGCCACGGUCGUUAGUCCACUUCGAUUUCAGAUGGUUGAAGAACUAAAGACGAUGGGAAUUAAGAUCGAAAUGCGUUUACGACACCGUGUCGAUACAUGGUCUUGAUCUCCUACAAUGGUGCGAGGCGGAAGAGGAAGGCCGAGAAUCCUUGGCCACCUAUAAAGCCACUAUCACGCGUUCCUGGCUUGGUUCCUUCAAUGGUAUCUGUUUGAUGCUCAUCCGUACCCCUUGUGUAACGCUCGGCUACGAAUCAAUUCUUUUGACCUUAACCCGAGGCCGAAGUUUACCUUUUUCCACUAUGACCUUUUAAAGACCCAAGCCUUGGACAUUGAUCUGGUGGCGUGCUACCGCUAUUUGCUCGUCUUGCAACUUCAAUUCCAUAUUAAGGCGCUAUCCCAAUUGCGAUGCGAUCGAUGGUCACGCAUGUUACUACUUUAUCC